GUGGAAGUAGUUUUAUCCCUGGAAGGUCUUUCAAGGAAGGCUAUAGACUCGGUGGCUAGUGCAAAUGGAUUAUGCGAUGAAAUCUCUCAGUUUUCUCUCCCUGCAAUCUCUGUCCAGGUGUGUGUCCGUGGGGAACUCUUCUGAGGCUCGACAACCAGUUCUGCCUCCUCCUCGCCCUCAUCCCAGGCCAUAUCGGGUGAGCAACUGGGACCGUACCUUGAGGAAGGGGAUCAUGGCAGACAACUUACGAGAUCUGCUCCAGAAGGUCCGCGCUGCUUUGCUUGUGGGAGGAAUGGUCACUCUUGCCCUGGAUGAAGAUGGCACGAUUGUGGACAACGAAGAGUUUUUUCAGACCUUGAAGGAGGGCACGGUGUUCGUAGCGCUUACGAAGGGGCAGUCUUGGUACCCAGCGAAGACUCCGGGCUACCAGCUUGCUUUGUCCCAGAAACCUCGGCGCUGCCAUGACGUGGUCUGUGUGAGCCUUGACCUCUACAAAACCAAGCCGGAGGACUUCAUUGGCUGCCUUAAUUUCCAAGCCACGCUCUAUGGCACAUACAGCAUCUCCUAUGACAUGCACUGCUAUGGUGCCAAGAGGCUCGUGAAGGAGGCUGUGCGCUGGGUUCUCUACAGCAUGCAAGCCACCGGCCACCUCCUCCUCGGCACGUCCUCCUAUGUGCAGCAGGUCUUAGACUCCACAGAGGUGGCCGGACGAAGGGAGAGGUCCCCAGGGCUCCGGCCCCGCUUCGGAGCCUUCCCUUCCAGGAAGAUGUUGGAGUGAUUCCCACCGCCGUGCUUUUAUCAACAGGGAGAUGAGAACUCCCUCCCUCGUACACAUAGCUGCGAUUCAAAGCCUGAACUUCGAAGUCCACAAACAUCACCCUGCCUGUUUCCAGAUCUGAUGGAGGGCACCUGGGAGGCUUUGCAUGACUGCACAUGAGUAGCACCCUUUGCCCGGUCACUUGGAACGUCGCUGACAGCGCCCCGGUUCAUUCAUACACAGGACGGCAAAUCUCAAAGGAUGGGCCUGGCAUGUUGCACAGAAGAGCCUUUUGGGGCAAGGCUGCGUCUUGACGUGCACUUGAUCCACGACAACACACAGCGCAACACGGAUGCGCGGGGAUCCCUGCAUCUCCACGCCGCACUAGAAGCCGCCACAGGCCAGCCACCUGUCGCUGGGGACACCGUCUUUGACUCUGUUUUUCAAACUCUUGCUCACGCUUCCCAGCUUACUGUACAGUCUUCUGUCGUUUAGCUUCUGCCAUUAAAGUAUUUAGGUUUUUCAUAAAG